AUGAAGAUCAACUCGAAAAACUCAGCAGGAACAAUCACAUAUUUUUUGGGAGCAUACAGCAUUUGCAACGUUUUCAAUCGGACCUCAGUGUCAACAACCGUUCCACUAGAAAAUCUUCCGAUAGUAAUCGUACAACCAGGAAGCAAGUUGUCGCAUGCCAUAAAUUUGGGAUGCUCCGCGUUUAUAAUAGAAGAAAAUGUCGCUUUCUGGUUUUUUGAUGAGUUUAUCUUGGCACAUGAUAGGGCGGAGUAUCGAACAUCUAUCAAGUACCUCGUGAUAGUGAUCCAUUCCACUGAGCAUUAUCAGACGGCUGUUCUCGAAGGCAUACAAAAGCACCCCAUCAUGGAAGAAGUUCCCAACAUGCUACUCGUGGUUCAGAAGAAUGCUGUGUUCGAACUCCUGACCCAUGGCUACGUUGGAAGUGGUCCGAAGGCUUUGCAAUAUCAAAUUCUGGAUGUAUAUGACGCAAGGAAUGACUCGUUCCUCUACGAAAGCGAUCUUUUUCCGGACAAGCUUGAUAAUCUCAUGGGGAAAACUUCGAAAGUAGCUUCAUUUGAAGUAAUUCCAUGGGUUAUGCCACAGCAAGCGGCUGACGGAAAUGUGCGGUAUCGUAAUCAGUCGUACACCCUGAAUGGCAUGGACGGAUAUUUGCUGAUUGAGUUUUGUAUGCGAUUCAACUGCACCUGGGAGCUGCAGGUCGAUCAAAAGAAUCUGUACGGAAAAGUGUUCGAUAAUGGCACUGGCAAUGGGAUGUUUGGGGCUUUGCUGCACCGCGAGGUGGACUUCGCUAUCGGAGCCGUCGGUCCAUACUUUAGUACUUUCAAAUUCUUCAGCAUCACUCAUCCAUUACAGUGGGUUGGCGUGACUUGCCUUGUGCCCAGACCUGGAUUGGUACCUUAUUGGAAAUUAAUUUUCGUUAUUUUCUCCAAAACGGUCUGGUUUGUUCUUGGAGUCACCUUCAUCACAACUUCGGUUUGCUUACACAUUUCCCAUAAGUCAACCACCAAUUCCCAGACAUACGAAUUCUCCAGCAUCAUCUUCAAGGUGUUCAGAAGUCUUGUAUUGGCUUCGUCCGACCUUCCCAGAAACAGUGCUGCCCUGGCUAUUAUGGUUGCAUCACAUCUAAUGUUCACCAUAAUAGUCGGAAAUACAUACAUCGGAAAGAUCCACAGCAUACUGGCCUUUCCUCCAUAUCAAGAUCCGAUAUCAACAGUGACGGAACUCGCCCGAAACGGGAUUCAAGUCAAUGCAGAGCAUGCAGCUUGGAUGUACUCCAUGGAUUUAUCUGAAAACCGACAAGACAAGAUCAUCCUGUCAAAUUUUCAUGUUGUACCAGCUGAGCGGUUGUCCACCCUUAUGAACAAAGGCCACGAAGCAACCAUGAUAGCAGUACUGGAAAACGGUCACUCCAUGGUCGGUCGUUGGAUCAACACCCACAACGUGGAGCAAUAUCGAAUCCUGAGUGAACCGUUGUAUUAUGAGUUUGAAGCUGGCUACGCCACAAAGACGUGGCCCUUACUGGACCGGUUCAGCUACUACACUUCGUGGAUCAGGGACGCUUGUUUGUUCCAGUACGUCGAGCUGAUCGAGGUCAACCGGUACAUGGACUUUUGGGUACAGCUGUCGAUCGAGCAUUCCAAGGAUAGACCGCACAGUCAGUUGAAGAAUAUGAAGGUGGAGGAGAUUUCCGGUGGCUUGAUGAUUCUUGGAAUAGGAUUGCUGAUUUCCGUAGUUGUCUUUCUAGUUGAAAUUGGGAUACAUACUAAAAAUUGACUGUUUUGUUUAAUAGACAAAUGUUGAGACGUUGAAAAUCCA